AUGUUUACCAUCGAGAACAUCAAGAACGGCGAGAUCGUGCAUCAGAUGAGCUUGCUCAUCAAAGGCUUCUCCCGUGAUUGUGACGUCGACCACACAAGUAUCCUUGUCUCUGUUAGCGCUGAAUCUGAGCGUGAGACAGGAGGAGGUCGCAAGCAGGAGUGGCCUAUGUCCAGAGGCAGCUUCAAGGCCCUUGUGAUCCUGCAUCCUGGCAAGAACGAUAUAAUUAUAAGCAACUUCAGCGCUGGCUUAACCACGAUCUCUGUCAAUUAUCUGCCUGUCGCGCAGACGCCUCCACUUCAUCUCGCCAUACUUGUGGCCCGUGAUUCGCCUGAGAAGAUCGACUUUCCGCUUUGUAAAGCGGGAAGUAUGGCAGAUCAUGGGACCUUGGAGGCUGCUAUCAGAAAGCUGCGCAUGGCGGCAGCCAUGUGUCAGGCGCUGCUAGCCGAGGAAAUGCAUGCCGCCGGUCUUGGGCGUCGCUCGUUCCGUCUGGAGCUGGAGGACGGAAUAGACACUCUCAGGUCUGAGUCCAUGAAUGAUACUCGCCGCUCGGCAUUGUAUCGGUCCACGAUCAAAGUCCACGUUCUCAGAACGGACAAGACAGUCGCUGAGAUUCGCCGAGCAGAAGGCACUCCGGACCACAAUGAGCUGCUCAAGAUAUUCAACAAGGCUCUGCAGGCCGAGGAGGGCUUGUUUGGUCCCAAGGGCGUUGUUGCCGGCUUGGUUCUUGACUCAAGCUACGACGCAAGCAAAGAUAUCCUUUCGGGCCACGCUUCGUUUGCGAAGCACGAUCCCAGCUCCAGGUCUUUUGGCGUGAUUGGCUCUCAGCUCGUGUACACAUGGCCAAGAUUCUCUGAAGAGGUUGCGAAUUGCCUCUCAGAUAUCACAGGGAAUGAAUUCAAUGUGCGAACAACCAAUUGGGCGUCGUGCGCCAUGAGCCAGGGAUCUUUUUUCGAGAAGAUUGGCCAUGCCUUUGGCAUCCCUCUCGAGGCCACCUUCAUGAAACUAGGCCACUGGCAAGACUGGUCCAAGCACUUCCUUCCUUAUACACCCACAAAGGGCGAGGGCCGACUGACCACUGAUAACAAUGUCAAGUGGAAAUGGUCGUUGGAAGACAAGCUCCGCCUCCUAGGCGAGCGUCACUUCGCACACCCGUCGGACAAAGAGCGAGACUGCCACGCGCCGACGGUCUAUGUUCGAGGAAAAGCUGGCUUUGACCAAUUGGCCGUCGAGUGCAGGGCUGGCAUUGCGGCGGCGUAUAUGAACGGUAAGGCCAUACACCGUAUGCCAACGUCGAGACCGCUCCGACAGCUUGUCAUUAGCUUUUUGACGCAGAAGGAUGAUGAUGAGCAGCAAGAGGCGCUGCGAUUGAAGGUGCUGUCAAUGAAUGGAAAACACGUGGAUCUCCCGGUGUGGAAGGUUGUGUCCUCCCAGGCGCCGGUGAGGAUUCCCGGAACGGAGAUGUACCUCAGAAGGGUCAACGCCGGCUAUCCAAUAACAGAGACCGACAGGUCGUGGGCGGCCAUGUUGAAGAAGCGAGAUGACCAGGGCCAGAUAGUGCGAGCGCACAAGAUUGACAUGCGAGUUGACUCUCGCUUCCGGGGCGUGAGCAUUUACUACGAGGAUGGGAUCAAGGUCGACUGCGGAAGGCCCGCUGGCCGAGACGCCCCAGCUCGUAUGAUUGCCCUUCCGAAGAGGGGGAGAAUCUGCAGUGUCGAGGUGGCAUAUAGUGAACCAACCUGCUUUGUUGGUAUGCAGAUACACGUUUCGAAUGGAGAGGCCAUAGGUGCCUUGAACGAGGGCGCUUCAAAGGUCACACUAGAGAUGAAGCCAAAUGCGAACGAGGAGAUCAUCGGCUUCUACGGGAUGAACGGGCCGGAUGGGGAGUGCUGCCAGUUCGGCAUCCUGAAGGCGCCCAAGGGUGUCCCACUGCCCGACUCUCUGUAUGACAAAGCUGAGCUGCAGGGUGGUUUGGGAAGCCAUUAUGACCCGGAUAAUGACAGGCGAGGAAGUGUACUUGAGGAGGAGGAGCCAAGUGAUGUUGAUGAGGCCGAUACUUCGGAUGAUGAGGUGGCCCGCCAGUCAGAUGUGCCUAUGUCUCGCGGUUGUGAUGAUGAGUACGAGCAUGGUAAUCGGGGGGUUGAGAUUUUUUGGGAUGAUGAGGAUGAUGAUGGCGACCACUAUUAUUACGAGUAUGAUUACGAAUAG